ACAAAACAUCCCCACACUACCUCGAACAACUCGCGACUCGAUUUCUUGCACCGCCCCCACGAUUCCCUUCUUGCUCCACGAACUCGAUACACAGCAAUCGAUCCAGAACAAACACUUUAUACGCUCCUUUUCGAUACGCACAUCAUACGACUUUGACCUCGUUCUUCGACCUACGAUCAUCCUACAAACGCGCGCCCCUUUGUCAACGCCAGAACACGACACGUUAAAUCGACUCGACUCACCAGCAAUUCAUUCUACACCACCUCAAAUCAAACCUAAUCCAGACAAUCAGACUAGUUCAAGAUGCUCGUCAAGUUCUUCACCAUCGCACCCCUCUUCGCUCUCGCCGUCAAGGCCGUCACCGUGACCUCGCCCACCGAGGGCCAGAACUGGGGCACGACCGGAGCUCAGACUGUCUCUUGGGAGGCCGUCUCGACCGAUCCUACUAGCUUUUCCGUCGUCCUCGUCAACGAUAACCGAUUGACCGCUUCUGACGGCCAGGUCACUCUGAUUGCCAACCAAUCCACCUCGGCGGGGUCUGUCAGCGUCUCUCCUCCUAGUGGGAGUUGGACUGCCGGACAGGCUUACAGGAUCAGGUUGGUCCGAGAUGACGCUAUUCUCGCCUCGUCCGACCAGUUCAACAUCACCUCUUCUGGGACCGCCGGAUCUUCCACCUCUGCGUCCGGUUCGAUGAGCUCGACCAUGGGUAUGAGCACCUCCACGCGAUCAGGGUCGUCGGUCGCGGUACCUACCGCCAUGACCUCGGCAGCCGAGCCUCAGUCUACCUCGUCGGGUUCGUACUCCGGGAACGCUCAGGGCACUGGGAUUCCUCCUUCUUCUAGCCAAGGCGCUGGUAAUGGGGCCGGUAUGAACGGGGUCAACAUGCUCGCUCUCGGCGGAGCUGGUAUGCUCGCUUUGGGUUACCUCGUCGCUGCCUAGAUAUGGGGGAACGGGGAUCCAUGCGUCGAGGAUGAACAGGCGGUCCUCGAUCGUCUAUUCGAUGCCCUCGACAGCGACAGUCGGCUUGGGUACCGUACCGGCCCGGAGCGACACUGGACAAUUUCGUAUUUUCUCUCUUUACCCUUCUACAAUUGUACAACAUACAUAACUACUGCGUUACUGCACGCACUACAAGCUACAUGACAUGCUAUCACUCAAAUUACGACCCUUGAA